GAAGUUGUACCGCUUGUAAAUAAGCAGUGCGUGGAGUGUGUUUAUUUUUGGAAGAAAAAAAUAGUUCUUCAUUUAACUCUUAUGAUGGAUAAAAUGUAAAUGUUGUUAAAUUUGGUGAAACACAUUUGAAAUGAGAUUACCCGAGUAUUCAGAUUGGUGAAAAUUUCUUCUGACAACAAUACAUUGGUUAUAUAUUCAGACUAUGGCUACUCCAGAUAUCGAUAUAUGGAACUUGACCUCAGAUAUAUGCUACUAUUGCAGGAAUGGAGAGUAUGAUAAAUGUGCAUGUAGAACAGAAAGCGUUAUGGGAACCAUUUACCAUUCUCAUGGUGAUCUUUCAAGUGAUAGUUUAGACGAAUGUGUUGAUCAACAUUUUCAAGCUAAUUUAACUUGUACAGCAAAAACUUACCAGUCAUCUUUUAAUAACCAAUAUAUAACUGAUGAUGCAUUUAAAAAUCGAUUUUUAAAUGAAAGAAUGCUUCCACCUUCAGAAACAGAUUGGAGAAUAGUUGAUUCUUUACUCAAGAAGUAUAUUGAUGUUGACGAAACUAAUGAAAAAAAAGUAACUACACAGUAUAGUUUAAAAAAGGCGUCAAGCAUUCAAAUGGUUUUUGUUGAUAGUGAUGAAAGUGAAAUUGAAGAUACUUCACAUUACAGUGAAAUUGAACCAAUGAAUUCUAUUAAAUAUGUAUGUCUCGAGUCAGAGAGGAACACAGCUUCUUGUGAUUCAGGGUAUGUAGCUGGUGAUCUUGAAUAUAAUAACGAUCUUACAAGUGAUCCAAUAAGAAAAAAUUCUUUAGAAACUUCAGAAGUAUCAAAGCACCUUCUUGCUACUUUGAAUAAGUAUGAUGAACAUGAUGGUAAGUUAGAUGAUGGUCUGUUGUCCAAUAUACGUAACAAAAAAGUUGAAGAAUUAAGGAGCAUAAAAGAAUUUCUUGAAAUUCGAAUUUCUCAAAUAAACUCUGAGCUUGUAGAUGAAUUGCUUGUGCGGGAUGAACUUUAUUUACGUCACGAGUCUUUACUAAUGGAUGCUGACGAUUUAGCGAAAACUUGUAAGAAAGAUGAUGAAGUUAUGCUUAAACAAGAUGACUCUUCAAAACAUUUGUAUCAAACACAAUCUAAUUUAGAUAGAACUGUUAUAUCUCCAAGAUCAAAAAUAAAGUUCUUUUGGAAAAGAUAGUAUGUCAUGGUAAGAAAUGUUCAAUGAAAUUAUACUGUUGAAAUCA